GAGACGUCUUCGUCUUGAAGGCCUCUCUACUGAUGACGCAGCACGCCACGCACGCACUGCGCAGUGACGUGCUGCUCACAACCCAUUCAUUUAUUCUCCUUCUGAUUUAUCUCCCUGUGAUUUUCACUCCUGAGGACAUCCGCAGCGGAUUCACCAGCCGGGCAUGAGACAAGCAGGACGCUGAGGACUCCUUUACCAGCGACGUCACAGGCGAACUACAACUCCCAUGAGCGCCCGCGGUAACUUAGAGCACCAUCUCGCAUUCGGACGUGGAGUUGUCGAGGAAGCAGGAAAGGUUUCGCGCAGCUGCUCGUCUGCAGAAAUGCUCCGAUCACCCAGCGCUUCAUAAAGAGACGCGUCUUUUCUCUGCGGCCACCAUGGCGACAGUGUUCGCCAUCGCCCUGGUGUUUGUCGGGUGCUGCAGCAACGUGGUGUCUCUGGAGCUGCUCGUCAGACAGUUUCCAGGAUGCGGCAACAUCGUCACCUUCGCUCAGUUUCUAUUCAUCGCGUUGGAAGGCUUCAUCUUCCAAACCAACUUCGGGAGGAAGAAACCCACCAUCCCCAUCAGGAACUAUGUGAUCAUGGUGACAAUGUUCUUCACCGUCAGCGUGAUCAACAACUACGCUCUCAACUUUAACAUCGCCAUGCCGCUGCACAUGAUCUUCAGAUCAGGAUCCCUCAUCGCCAACAUGAUCCUGGGGAUUAUCAUCCUGAAGAAAAGGUACUCAGCCAGUAAAUAUCUGUCUAUAGUUUUAGUUUCAGCUGGAAUAUUCAUCUGCACCAUCAUGUCUGCCAAACAAGUGAAUGUGGCCUCUGAGGGAUCAGGAGAGCAGGGAUUUUACACCUUCGUGCGCUGGCUCAUAGGUAUCGGCAUGUUGACCUUUGCUCUCCUGAUGUCUGCGAGGAUGGGUAUUUUCCAGGAGACGCUGUACAAGCAGUAUGGGAAACAUUCCAAAGAGGCUCUCUUCUAUAAUCACUUCCUCCCUCUGCCGGGCUUCCUCCUCCUCUCCACAGACAUCUACCACCACUGCGUCCUCUUCAGUCAGAGCGCUCCUGCGGUGGUUCCUGUGGUUGGAGUGUCUGUGCCAAUAAUGUGGCUCUAUCUGCUGAUCAACGUCAUCACACAGUACGUGUGCAUCCGUGGCGUUUUCAUCCUGACCACCGAGUGUGCCUCACUGACCGUCACUCUGGUGGUGACACUGAGGAAGUUUCUCAGCCUCAUCUUCUCCAUCAUGUACUUCCAAAACCCCUUCACCACCUGGCACUGGGUGGGCACCGCCGUGGUCUUCCUGGGCACUCUGCUGUACACGGAGGUGUGGAGCAGUGUGCGGACGGCUCUGCGCGGACCAAGCGCCAAGGAGAAGAAGGCGGAGUGAAGACAGACCUACUUGAAAUACAGCCACUGUGUUGGACUCUCGGAUUGGGUCAGCUGCCCUGCAGCAGUUUUUAUAAAGUCAUUUAUUUUUGGUUAUAGUAAAGCUCACACACACUCAGAAACAUACAGCAGGUUAAUGGGUGGUGAUAUUCUGUUUUUUGGUUAUUAAAAUUACAUGAAAAGACAAAAACCUACAAUGUAUUAGUUCACCGCUCAAAACUGUCACUUCUCAGCCCAAAGAGCUUUUUGGACCUGAGGUCCAGGGAACGACUCCUGUGUCAGAGGCCUCUCCAGACCUGGUUCUAGGCUUCAUUAUUUUAUAUUGAUCACACGAUCAAUAUUUUUAAUGAAUCACAUGAGCUGUUACCGAAAGAGGUCACUCAGAGAUUAAUCACCCAAUUGUGCAGCAUUUUGGCUUCAUUCAGUUAAAUAUUUUAGUUUUUACUGCUCGUAACUGAACUUUUUGACUUCUGCUCCCAUCAGCAGUGUUUUCAGUCGCAGUUUAAACCACAAAACUCUAAAAUGACUUUACAUCCCCUGCUCAGCGUCAUGCAGCAGACACAGUCACUGACUGGCUGGUGAUCAUAGUGGAGAGUUCAGCAGCUAAAUAAGCUGAUAUUUCCCUCGGGAGUUGGUGGAGAGCAAAAACAGAACUGAAACCGUUCCUCAAAUGAAUGUCAAUGAUGAUCUUCAUCUGUUAUCUGCUAACUGCCUGUGGCCUGAUUCAUACGUAAAUAACUCCAGGAACAUUUCCCAGGAAAAAUGAGGAAUGACGUGUUUAUUCUUAUCUGUUUAUGCCCAAAGCCUCUUCCAUUCCCCACAGUGGUAACUGCAACAUUAGCUAAGGUUCUUUUAAACCUGUUACCUUUAGUUGUGACUCAACUACAGUCUAACGUCCUUCUGCUCUCAUCUGUUCAUAUCUGACGUUAGUUUAACAUCAUCGUUGUCUCAAACCACCUCUGCUCAGUACAGUGACCUCACUCCACUGACCUCACUCCACUAUAUAAAAACUGUUUUUUGUUGAAACUUGAAAAUGUGAACUGAAAUGUGAGUUGUGGUGAAAACGGUUAUUUUGGUUGUAUGUAGGAUCUCAGCUCUAGUUACAGAGUGAAUGCUAGAAACAGGACACUGACUGCAGUUCAUGCAAUGGCCUCUGGUUUCAGUAAUAACUACUUUUCUGAAUGUGAGAUCCAGGACCUUUAAAUACCAACUAUUUUAUCAUAUCAACUUAAAAUUUGAUAUGUCAAGAAUUAGUGGGAUAAGUUUUUUAUAUUAUUAAUUUGCUUAAUUGUCAAUUUUUAAAGAGAUAAAGUUCUCAAAUUUGCUGCUGAUUUUGGUUUGUGUCACAGUAAAUUGAAUAUUUUGGGGGAUUUUAAAAGUGUUUUCAUUCAAUGACUAUCUCACUUUUUGCUCGAGGAGAUUGUGAAGAACAGUUUGAAGUAAAAUUUGCAUCAAUUGUUGGUUUAAAUACGAUUCACAAAAACAUAAUAUCAUAUUUUUCAAAGGUUAAAAACAUUUAAACAUCUAUAUGCUAUAUAAUGUUGGUGUCUGUGGGAAUCAAAAUACACCACAGAGGCUAUUUUCAUUUUAAUUUCAGUCACAGUGUCGCUCACUGAUGUUUUUUAACAGUGUAGCUCUCAGAAUAAUAAGUUAAUAGGAUCAAUACGUUGUUGGUUUUGUUUUUUUGGAUAACGUAUUCGUAUGAUGGUCAAUUUACUACACAGAAUAUCACCUAACAGUAACAGUAGUCAUUUCUAAGUAGAUGCCAAAUUGUGAUGCAACUUUCUUUUCCUUUGCAUUUGUUCUUGGAUUUGAGUAUUUAUUUGAUAAGAGUGACAGAUAAUUGUCCUUGUGGAUCAGGAGGAUUUAACUGCCCACAUUGGUGUGAUGCUGUAAAUCAGGACUGUUACAUCAGUAGAGUUCAUGGAGAUGCUUUCACCGUGUGUUUUCAUGUGUUCUUGUCAUAUUGUCUCAGGUGCAAUGGACCAGUAUGGACCAGUAUUAUUGACUGACAUGUGGAUAAACCUGCACAUUUACACACCACUGAAAAUAAAAUGACAACAUGGCUACAAAUA